UGUGACUGGUAUUAUAUAGAGGUAUGUUGUGACUUGAACGCGUUAUCAUAUCGAAGAACGAAAAAAAGAGAACAGAUUGUUUGUCAGUCAGUCUUUAUCAAAAUCGCUGUCGUUCGGCUUGUGUUGCUUACGCACCUAAUAACAUGGCAACUUAUUUUCGUACACAUUCCACAAACUUUGCUAAACGCAUUUUGGUGCAUAGAAAUCGCGACCUACUGUUUAACGAAAGACUCAAUAGAAAUUUUACAACAACAUUACAACUGGAACGGAAAGUUGCAUUUAAUCUGAGCGAUAUCGGAGAAGGGAUUCGAGAGGUUACAGUAAAGGAAUGGUAUGUAAAAGUGGGAGAUACGGUCGAACAAUUCGACAAUCUCUGCGAAGUUCAAAGUGACAAAGCUUCCGUAACGAUAACUAGCCGAUACGAUGGCAAAAUCACUAAAUUGUGCCAUACUGUUGACGAGAUAGCAUUAGUCGGAAAACCGUUGCUGGAAUUCGACGUAGCUGACGAAGACGAAGAAAUCAGUUCUAGUUCGUCUUCGUCUAGCGAGGAUGACGUUAAGCCAACAGCAGAUCCUGUAGCUUUAGAAUUGGCAGCUAGAGUCAAAGUCCUCACCACUCCUGCUGUGCGCCGAAUCGCUAUGGAAAACAAGGUUGAUCUAACCAAAGUUCCGGCAACGGGACGUCAAGGAAGAGUACUCAAAGGUGAUGUGUUGGAGUAUCUAAAUCUAGUUCCACCUGGAACAAACAAGCCUCAUCCAACGAUAGUCGGUUCGGUUCCGGUGCCGGUCACUCAAAAACCAGUGGUUGCCGAUCGUGUUGAACAACUUAAAGGCGUUCGAAAGAUAAUGUUCAAAUCUAUGACAGAAUCGCUGAAAAUUCCUCAUUUCGCUUACAGUGAUGAAGUGAAUAUGACCAAUUUGGUAAAACUUCGGGACGAUCUGAAGGCUGAAGCAAUUGAACGUGGCGUUAAACUGACCUACAUGCCAUUCUUGAUCAAAGCCGCAUCAUUAGCUCUGUUUAAAUAUCCAAUUUUAAAUAGUUCCUUAGACGUUGCCAAUGAAAGCGUUCUGUACAAGGGUGCUCACAACAUAAGCGUUGCAAUGGCUACACCUGAAGGACUAGUUGUGCCUAAUGUUAAAAAUUGCGAAAGUAAAUCCGUAUUUCAGAUAGCAUCCGAUUUGAAUCAGUUGCAAGAGAAAGCACAGAAGGGUCAACUGAGACCGGAGGACUUCGCAAACGGAACAUUUUCUCUUUCAAACAUUGGAAUUAUUGGUGGAACAUAUACGCAUCCGUGCAUUAUGGCACCACAAGUUGCUAUCGGAGCGAUGGGAAAGACGAAGAUUGUUCCACGCUUCGGUAAGAACGAUGAAAUUAUCAAGGCGCACAUAAUGAGCGUCAGUUGGUCAGCCGAUCAUCGUGUAAUUGAUGGCGUAACUAUGGCAAGCUUUAGUGAAAUUUGGAGAAAAUAUCUGGAAAAUCCAAUGCUAUUUUUGCUGGAUGGACAUUAAGAGUGGAAAUUAGAUGCGAAGGAGAUUAUCGUUGUAUUUCAACCACUCCGACUUUAUUUUACCAGACGUUGCAUUUAUUUUUGACGUUUUUAUUAUUAACUACAACAAUUUUGUUUUGAUCACAAUGAUGUGGAAGAAAAUAAAAAAGAAAAAC